UUGGUACCAGUUUCCACCACAAAAUGUUCCACAUGACUUCUUUAAACUCACUCGUGUUGCUCCUUCUUGGAGUGGCGUUUCUUACUACCUCAGUGGUGGCUAAUUUCAACAUACCCAUUUAUGAGCCUCCCCCAAUUUGGAUACCACCCAUAACCGAACCUCCUCCAACUGAAAAACCACCGCCAUUAUAUAACCACCCGUUCCUUCCUCCACCAUUCUUCCAUCCUCCGUAUGAGAAGCCACCACCGCAUGAGAAACCUCCACCAGUGUAUCAACCACCUCAUGACAAACCACCACCAGUGUAUCAACCUCCCUUCGUAAAGCCACCUCCAGUGUAUGAACCUCCUCACGUUAAGCCACCACCGGUGUAUCAACCCCCUUAUGUGAAGCCACCUCCAGUGUAUGAGCCUCCUCACGUUAAGCCGCCACCAGUAUAUCAACCCCCUUAUGUGAAGCCACCACCGGUGUACCAACCUCCUUACCAGAAGCCACCACCGGUGUAUCAACCUCCUUACGAGAAGCCACCACCGGUGUAUAAACCUCCUCAUGAGAAACCACCACCGGUGUAUAAACCUCCUCACGAGAAGCCACCACCGGUGUAUCAACCUCCUCACAAGAAGCCACCACCCGUGUAUCAACCUCCCUACGUGAAGCCACCCCCAGUCUAUCAACCUCCUCAUGUGAAGCCACCACCAAUUUAUAAACCUCCCUACGUGAAGCCACCACCGGUGUAUCAACCUCCUCACGAGAAGCCACCGCCAGUGUAUCAGCCUCCUCACGAGAAGCCACCGCCAGUGUAUCAACCUCCUCACGUAAAACCACCACCGGUGUAUCAACCUCCCUACGUGAAGCCACCUCCAGUGUAUGAACCUCCUCAUGUGAAGCCACCACCAGUGUAUCAACCUCCCUACGUGAAGCCACCACCGGUGUAUCAACCUCCUCAGGAGAAGCCACCGCCGGUGUAUGAGCCUCCUCACCAAAAGCCACCACCGGUGUAUCAACCUCCUUACGUGAAACCACCACCAGUGUAUCAGCCUCCCUACGUGAAGCCACCACCAGUGUAUCAACCCCCUUAUGAGAAACCACCAUAUGAAAAACCACCACCAGUGUUUGAACCUCCAUAUGAGAAGCCGCCACCGCUAUUUCAUCCCCCUUAUGUGAAACCACCACCAGUGUUAGAACCUCCAUACACGCCACCGGGUUGCAGUCCCCCACCUUACGGUCACUUUCCACCAUCAAAGAAAACCUAAUAACAAGUGGCGGCGGUGACGUGCUUUAGAGGGGUCUUUUGUCAGAUAAAGUUUUGUUUUGUUUGGUUUGGGUACUACUUUUAAGAUUUCAACUUCACUCCACUCCUCCUGCAUGCAAUUGUUCUUAAAAAUAAAGGCUGUAUCUGCACAAUAACUUCAAUUUCCCUCUCAACAAACAUGUUUUAAAGUCUUUUAUUAGUCACUUUAUCUAUGGCUCAAAUUAGCUUUUCUUCUGCUGUUAAAUCGUCUGCCUUAAAUCUAUUUGAUUUGAGUGUAUUAUUCA